AUAAAGUUAAUGCUCCCAAGUUCCUGGGUUAGUACAAAGUCCAAAUGUUUGGGGACUCACUAAAUCCUGCCUGAAGGGUUAUAUGGAUAGAUUCAAUCUUUGUUUUUGAAAUUGCCAUUUUAGGAUUAAAAACAUUUCUGAGUUCCUUCAGUGAAACAUUCUUUUUGUGGAGGAAGAAAUAUUUUAGAAGUAUUUUAGCUGUGUGGCUGUGGUACUCUGGUUUGGUAGCCUUGUGAGAUAACCAGAUUUAUCUUCUAAAAAUCUCUUUUUAAACAAAAUCCACUGACUCUGACACCGCUUUUCUUUACAAGAAGUGUUUUUAAUGUUUAUUUAUUUUUGAGAGAAAGAGACAGUGUGUGAGUUGGGGAGGGGCAGAGAAGGAGGGAGACACAGAAUCUGAAGCAGGAUCCAGGCUCUGAGCUGUUAGCACGGAGCCCGAUGCGGGGCUUGAACCCACAAACCGUGAGAUCAUGACCUGAGCUGAAGUCGGACGCUUAAUUGACUGAGUCACCCAGGUGCCCCAAGAAGUGUUUUUAUAGACCAGAGUCCUGCAAGUGUCUUUUUGAUUUAGCAUAGCAGUAAGGAAUAUGAAUGUCAUUAUGGCCCUGACCAUAAUUUUUAGGUUCUGCUGACUUAACCAAAGGCUAUCAGCUUGUUUUAAAACAAAAUUCAAAAACUUGCGUUGACACAGACAGUGGUUGCCCAGGCCUUUGUCAGUGUGGUGGUAAGGAUAUUAGAACAUGAGGCUCAUUGCUGAGAGUAUAAUUUUUAGCUCAGGGGGAUUUGGAGAUUCAAAUGGAAAUAGGAAAUAGCCCUAUGUGAACACAUCAGUUAGAUAUUAGGAAGGGACUUAAAAGAGACAGUAUCUGCUUCAGAGGAAUUUCGCUUUCUUGGUGAAGCAUGCUUAUGUGCAUACAUCUGGAAAACUUGCAAAGCAGGGUUUUAUAAAUGGGUAUAGACCAACCUGAGUGUAUGGGCUGAAGGAAUUCCAGAAUAAGGAGCAAUCAGAGUUGGGCAAGGUUAACCUGGGACAGCUUUUCAGAGGCAAUGAUUUGUGAAGCUUAAUGUUCAAGACGGGGAAAGUUAAAAUAUUAAUUUGCCUUUUCAUACCGCUACUCUGAGUUCCAUGGGCUUUAUAGAAUCCAAACUACACAACCCUCCCCAGACCUGUAUUUGUCUCAUUCUAGUGACUUUGAGAAUUUGGACUGUAACUGUAAAAUUCCGUGAGAGUGGUUCCAGGGUCUUAGUGGUUCUUGUGGUUAUGUGGGGCCUUUAGUACAACCUGCCAAGUUCUUGGCCAGUUCAGGGGCUCUUUUGUAGUAAUUUCGGGUUUGGAAGGUUGUGUCACCUUCAGAGUUGUGUGCCCUGGACAACUCUGCAGUGACGGUGGUUUAACUUUGGUUGGAGAGCCUGUUUUUCUUCUUCUUCUUCUUUUUGGUAGAGUUAAUUGAGUUUUUUUAAGCAAAACAAGAGUCGUGAAGUACCUGUCCAGACACUUAGGCUGCUGCUAUUUCUGAAGAGUUGGGAGCUGUGCUGAAGCUGAGUUGCUUGGAUGAGACCUUCUAUUGAGGGUUGAUGGGUGGAUAAGCCUGCAUGUACACAGUUUGCCCAUCUGUUCACAGAAAUGGCCUUUAAUAUUGUUUUUGAUUAGGUUGGCUGUGGCCAAGAAGCUCAUAAAUGGUGCAAACACAUGCUUAUUCCUUAUGGGAGCCUCUGCAAUGUAGUGAUUUUGGUUUCUCUUUACCUGCUGAUCCAUGUGUGAUUGGAACACACAUGAUUUCUGGCACUUUUCAAGGACUGUAAGUGGAUGCUUUAACAGCUGAAAAUGCAUAGAGAGUCCAGUGCCAGGCUGCUACAGGGCUUUCACCUGGAAGAGAAGGAUAGGUUACACUGUUCCAGAAUACAAGUAUGGAGUGGAGUCUUAAAUACAGAUUCUAGUUUAGAAAAUAUUCUGGCAUUUGGCAAACCAAAUUUCCAGUAACUCAGAAUUAGGGCACAGUGGUUCAUCUGCCAUGGAUAGCUGGUGAGUAGGGGCUUGAGAUGAGCUCCUUAGUCUGUCUAAGUUUUAGAGGAAUCCAAGUUAGGGUGAAUGUGGAAUUAACUAUCUUGAGUAUUCUUCCCUGAAAUUGUGGUCCCCCCCCCCCCCGCCCCCGCCAUUCAAAUGGAUGGAAUUAGUUUUUGUUGAAUGUAAAAGGACAUCUGAGUGAACUUUCAUUUGUUUUUGUUAGUCAUUUAUGCAUACUAGAAGAUAGUCUUGGGACAAGUUGAGUAUUUACCAGUGGCUUCUGCAUUUUCUAAGGGUGUACUGCAAUGAGCAGUCUAAUGCCAAGAAUGCAUUCCAACAUGCUGCAGAGUAGGAAAUUUGAUCCCUAAAAUGUUGACUUAGUGUUGGUUAUGGUACAUAUUAGAAAUCACCCAGUAAUCCAGGACAGAUUUUUGUCGCCCUCCAGGAAGUUAAUGUUGAUAUGAAAUACUAAGGAGCUUGGGGCACUGGGGCUAUGGGCUCUGCAGGCCCAGAGUGCUGCUUAAAUUGCCACCCAUAUGAAGAGGAAAUGUGCCAUGUGCUUUUUUUCCUCUUCUACAUUUGGGCUUCCUUAUGGCUUCGUUGCUUCUGGGUUCCCAAGUCUGCAAUGUUAGAUAUUAGACUUCCUCCUCCCUUGGCACGGGCACAUUUAUGAUUUUCUGUGGCUCAUCACCAGCAGCCAAGAUUUUUGUAUGCUUUUUCCCUCUUAAACUUGUUAGCUUUCAGCUUGCUUGUUUAUAGACAUCUCUGUUAAAAGGAACUCCCUGCUUAAGAUCUAGCACCAGCAUGACUGCAGCAGGGGAGUUUAGGGGUUGGUGUGAUACCAGUCAUUUAAAAACCCAUUUGCCGUGUACUUUGUGUUUUUUAUUUUGCCUCCUGUUUCCCUUGAGGUCACAACUUGCUUGCUGGGCAUGAGUGCAUCUGGGUCCAGCUGUUUACUCUCAACUGACUUAUGCCGGUGUACUUUAAGAAAAGUGUGAGUUCAGCCACGUGGUAGAUGAUUGAAGUGCAGGGCUGCUUCCUUUUAGAGGAAACAAGUAUGUGUUCGGCCUCUUCUUGCACAGUGAUUUCCCCCUCUCUCUGGGUGGACCUUAUUAUGGCUUUCUCUUGUCCUUAGUGAACAAGUCACCUAAUGCUGGGAAUUAAUUGCUGUUUGUUGCUGUGUCUUGCCUGGUGCAUACAGAUGGCUUUCUCUCUUUUUUCCUCUGUUACGAAGGUGGUGGAGUUCUUGGGUUGGUCCAACAGUGGUAGACUUCUAACUUUUUAUCUGUUUAGGAAUCUGAUUGCCAAAGAUAAUUCUACUAUAAAGGAUUGAGGGAACGAUUCUAUAGGUAGUUUAUCCGUAACUGUGUCCUGGGCUACGGAUAGGCUGAAAGCCUCACUGAGAUCCAAAUUUUCAAAUGAUGGCAUGUUGAGGGUGAGUAUUAAUGAUAGCAACCAUGCAUUUGAGCACUUACAAUGUGCAAGCUCUAUGCUGGGUCUCUCCAUGAAUUUACUGAUUUAAUUUUCAAAACCAUGAGAGGUGGGUUUCUAUUGUUACUCCUCCUACUUUACACAUGAGGAAACAGUAAAAAUGAGAAAUUUGCCCUAGGGCAAUAUGCUAGUAAAAGGUAGAGUUCUGAUAUGAAUCAAGGUUUGUCUGAUUCUCUAGAGUUGUAACGUAAAAUACUAAAUUUGCUUCUCUAAAAUAAAUGUUUUAAGCACAAAGGCUUAUUGGGACAUUAUUUUUGCAAUGGCCCAGACCUCUUAAAUGGGGUGAAAGACUGAAAAGUUACAAUUUUACAUUAUGCCUAGAUUUCUGUCCAUUUAGAAUUUUAUUUAAGUUUCUGAAGAGUGGCCAUGUGAUCCCAGUGUAAGAGUUGGCAGCAUUUGGUCCUCAGGCCACUUUCUUUUCGGGAGGGGUCUUUGAGAGUGUUGGUGGGCUGGGGGUGGGUGGGUGGUGGAUUGAGGCUCAAAAAUAGACUCCUUCACUUUGAUCUAAGUGAGAGUAACUUGCAUUACAAAAAUAUUUGCAGAGUGAUUUUACUUUCUAUGACUUGGAGCACUUGCAGGAGAGGCAAAGAUUAUUGUCUUAAUUUCCACUUGGGGAAAGUGAACACAAAGAUUAAGUGCCUCACACAGAGUUUCCUAGAAGAGUCAGCUCUAAAACCAAGGUUUAAAGUUCCCUUAGGCUGUGUGACUUUAGGCAAGUCACUUCUCUGAAUCUGUAUCCUCAACUGUGUAAUGAGGAAAAGUAUCUACCUUGCAGGCUUCAAUAAAUAUUAAUGAGAUAUGUGAAAAUACUAUUAUCAAAUAAAAUUUGAACAUGACUCCUGGUUGGUAGAGGCCCCUGCUUGAGAGGGGGAUAGUAUUGGUGGUUAAAGACUGUUGUUGAUCUUCACUGAAUUAAAAGCUAGUUGGUUAAGUGUCUGACUCUUGAUUUCGGCUCAGGUCCAUGAUCUCACAGUUCGGGAGAUUGAGCCCCAUGUGGGGCUCUGUUCUGACAGCAUGGAGCCUGCUUGCGAUUCUCUCUCCCCCUCUUUCUCUGCCCUUUUCUCCCUCUCCCUCUCAAAAUAAAUCAACUUAAAAAAAAAAAAAAAAGCUAUCCCAUAGUUUUUAGCUGCAUCUAAGUUAUAUUGAUACUUAAAAGAAAAAAACCGACAAAUUUUAUUAAGUACCUGUUGUCAGUUUGAGAGACAGAUUUGUGCAGUGGUUCUCCAGGGGAUGGGGAGUGGGGGGUCCCUAACCAUUAGCCUCAGCAUUACCUGGGCCCUGUUUAGAAAUGCAAAUACUCAUCUAGACCUACUGAAUCCAAAACUUUAGCAUUGUUUUAACAAACCCUCCAGGCCAUUGUGAUGCAGGCCCAAGUUAGAACUACCGGAUUUAUGCAUCUAUGCUCAACUGGGCUAGAGUCCAUCAGAAUUACCUGAGGGGCUUCUUCCAGAUUGCACCAUAGGCUAAUAUUUCAGAUGUAUGUGUUUCUCCCAAGAUGUGAAAGAGUUACUGGAUACAGAAAAGGUUAAAAGUGCUUGGGGUUGGGGGAGAAGAAAGGAAAUACUUUUGAGAUGGAUCUUCUAUUAUGCAAUAAUGAUAAACUCUAGUGACAGAAAAUGUCUGUUUUCUUUAUAGGGCUUGGGGACUCCCUGCCUUCCAUUUCUCUCUCUCUUAGCUCUUUGGUGACAUGUAGCAUGAGGAUAAUCUGAAUCUGUGGUACUGGUUGUUUGAUGAAGGUGGAAAAGAUAAUUUUAGGAUGGUGACCUGUGGUCUCCAGGUAUGACCAGCCAAGUAAAUUGCUUAAGAAAGUGAUUCUUGUAGAUGCCAGUUUGGAAAGCUUUAAUUAAACACCAUGAUGUCCCUUCUGCUUAUGAUGGCUUGUGAUCUGAGAACAGGACCUUCAGUGAUCUGCUGGUCUCUCAGGUCAUCCUCAAAGACCUCCCUCCCUCUCUCACCUGAGCCCCAGUGGCUAGCCAGUUGUACUGUGAUUUUUCCUUUCCUUGUGUCUCUUGUCUUAAAGUCCUAGCAAAUAAACCCAUUAAGUCAACUCCUGACAAAUCGCCCAUCUUUGAAGUAGAUGAUGUCUCUCUAAGGGGUGGACAUUUGAGCCAACACCUGUCCCUAGUUGUAUGUAAUAAAUAAUGAUUGUACUUGACCCAGAAAUGGAAGUUAGAGAAAUGGUCAGAUAAUAAACAGUAACCAUGCAAAAGACCUAGUGGAGAACCAGUGUUCUGGAACACCUGUGCUUUCUGAAAACCUGAUGUGGUUUCUGUAUCGUCCCCAAUACAAGCAAGUUUCCUUGUACCAGGCCUCUUUUCCUUCCUGCCUGAGGACUGAAGCGGAGAUCAACUGUGACCCGGCUGCAAUGAAGGCUGAGGCUUUCAGGAGGCAGUAUGCUGACAGUUUGAUCUGGGAUUUAACAUUUGUAUGCACAGACAAAAAUUCCAGUAGGGAGUUUUAUGUUCUUUGUGUGUGUGUUUGUGUGUUUUAAACUCAUUUUGUCGUCCCUCUGCCUUAUAGCUUUAUUUUCUCUGUUCUUUUUUUUCCUCUUUUUCAUUCUGUCCUCUGGUGUCUAACUCCGUUAGCAGAACACAGAGCACAUGGAGGCCUCCGUAACUUUACCACACCAGAGCUGCUUAAAUGUUUUUAAAAGUACUGGAGAUGCAACUUCUACCACUUUCAGAUCAACAUCAUUUUAGUAAAAAUUCCUGGUAUCUGUGUACCUCUGUUGGAGUUGCCUGGCUAACUAGCGGCAGCCAGUGCCUUUAUCUAAUAACUAACAAACAGAAGUUUUCCUAAAUGAUCUCUACCUCUUCUGCUCUCUUUUCCCACUUUAUUGCCUUGGUCUGGAGACUGUUUCUUAGCCCUCCUUGAUCUGUUUUUGGGGUUGUGUUGGGACAUGACAGAUUUGUAACAUUUUUGUUUUUCUUUCUGGUCUGUGAUUUGAAUUCUCUGCUUUCCCAGCGCAGCUUUGAAUCGGCUUCUUUAAAACCCCUGCAUAAAACCUCAAGUGACCAAUAUGCGGUCUCAUUAUGGUAUUUUGGUUUAAAAUAAAAUGAGAUUGAGAUAGCUGGGUUCAUCCACCCAGACACAUUCACCAAAAGGAAAUUCUGUGUGCCUUGAAUAAAAGUGUACGAGCCAAACACACUUGGGGGUAAGGGGGUGAGGAAGAGAUAAAUUUUAGCUAGAUUUGCAUAACUUAGCAUGCCAAGUACACAUCUCAAUUUGAUUAUACUGGCCAGAGAUAACAAAUAAAGAGGAGAGACAAAUAAGCUUCAGAAAAGACAGCUGGUAACAUCGGUCUGGUCCAAUGUAUUUCUAGUAUAAAUGAUGAAGCCAGGGUCUCCUAUACACAUUUGUGUGAACAGUGGUGUAGAGAGGGUUGGUACCAAUGUACUUUUGGAGCUUUGAAAAGAACUGGACAAUUUACGGGACUCUUGGCUUUUCAUUCAGGGAAUUGUUGACCUUAAAAAAGCCUGAAGAUUUGGAGGCACUAUAAUCUUAGUAAGGUUGGCUGUGCCCUGGGCCAUUCUUUAACUUACUUGAUCGUGCCUGUUACAGUUCAGAGUGAACUUAGGGGGACCAGGUGAGAGACUGGCAUUUUUGGAAAGUGGUCCAAGGCAGCACUAGGAAUUAAAUAAACACAGUGGCAUUGCUGCUGCUUCUCAGUGUCUUUACUGAAAUACAGGACUUGAUUGGAUUGAUGACAAACGGAAUCUCCGACUGCAUGUAAAUCAAGUUCCUACAGCUCAAUGAUGUGUCACAGACACCUUUUAUAGUACAGAAGGAGAAAUUUUGGCAGGAUGUAGAACUGUGCACUUAGAGAAAUUUAGGAUCUUUUUAUAUAACCCAUGCAAGACCAGUCCAAGUUUGGAGUUAUAGAUAAAAUAAAAGGAGUGGGGAAAAGGAGAGCUUUUUAAAGAGAAAGCAAAUGAGGCCUUAAAGUUUUAUGACUAGGAGCAGUUUUUGCCUUUGCCUUUUUUUUGUUUUUGAGCAGUUAUCUGCAAAGCAGUUUAAUAUGGAAGAAGGAGGAGUAUUUUAGAAACUAGGUCAGAAGUAGGUGUGAUUUAGAAGUGUUAUCUUUAUUGAACUUUAUUGAAAAGUUGCUGCGGUGGCUCAGUCCGCUGGGCUGACUCUUGAUUUCGGCUCAAGUCGUGAUGUCACGAUUAGUGGAAUCAAGCCCUGCAUCAGGCUCUGUGCUGACAGCGUGGAGACUGCUUGGGGUUCUCUCUCUCCCUCUCUGCCCCUCUCCCGCUUGUGCGCACUCUCCCCCCCCCCCCAAAAUAAAUAAACUUAAAGAUAAGUUGCUGUGUACCCUCCUGGGUGAAUCUCUGUAAGGUUACAUGACCCUUGCCUCUCCGUGUAUUCCUUAAGUGUACCAUAUGACUUAAUGAUAAAUGACAAAUGAGCAGGGCAGAAAAUGUCUAAAAAACUGCACCACUCAGUUGGGCUUGUGGUCCAUCCACAAGGUCCUUUCCCUCCUAGAAACACCAAAGGGUGGUUUGUGGGAGGAAGUACCUUUUCCUGGUGUCAAUCCAUCCCACCUUAUGUGGGUAGCAAGAUCUGCCCAUUGUUUUUAAUUAUUGAGCAUAUAUUGGGAUGCAGUAUCCCAGCCGAUCUUUCUUGCACACCAUCAAGAUUUCCUAGACUUUGAUCAUAUUCCCCGUUUCUCAGUUUUGGGGAUAAUAACAUUUUUUUGGCUCACUUAAUUACCCAGUCCUGUUACUGACUUUGAAGCAUACAUACGAUAGUUGGGACUUGCCAGUGUAAUAAAUCUUAAUGGCAGAACUUUUUUUUGGAAAACCUGUGAGGGCCUACCUUCCUUUUGCCAAUUGCUUACAGUAACUCAACAAAUACUUCCCGAGCUUCUACAAUGUAUCAGUCACUGUGUUGUGAACACGGGAUUCAUAAUUUCUGCCUCUAUGGAGUACUUUCUAGUGGGGAAAGAUGUAAGUAAAUAAUCACAAAUAACCAUAAUUAAAUUGUAAUAAGUGCACUGGAGAAGUACCACAUUCAUUCAGUAAAUUAUCUUCCAACCAUUUUUAAAAGUAAAUUUUUAUUUAUGAUUACCGUGGCUACUGGGUGACUUUGUAAUGUUGGGCUCUUGGGAUGGGUACUGGCCAGUUCUGAUUCCCUUUCCCUUCACUGCUCCAGGGUCAAGUGUUACAGGAAAUUCUCCAUCUAAGAUUGGACUUGUAAUGGGCUAGAGUCCAUUGUUUCUCAUCGAGGCUCUUCUUUGUGUGGAGAUGCAUUGCAGGACAUUUGGCAUCCUGCUCCCCAGGUAAUAAAUGCCAGUAGCACCACAGAGUUGAUAUGAUAACCAAAAAAAGGCACUUGGAUACAUUUAUUUCCAAACACUUCUCAGGGAUUUAGUACUGUCCUGGUUGAAAACUAUUGGGCUUUAUUUACCGUCAGGAUUCUUGGGAGGAGCUACUGAACAAAUUCCUUUGGGAGAACAGACUGAAAGUAGAUGGAGCUUGAAAACUGGACUCCUCAAUCCUUUUGAUGUCUGACUUGUGUGUUCUUGAUUCUUAAGCAUUUACUUUGAAACUUUGCUUUCAACCCAUUCUGCUCUUCCUCUUACUGAGGGUAGAGAGAGGGAAGUAAUGUCUGUUGUAUGUAUAGUUUAUGAACUGGUACUUUAACGAGCAUUUCACAUACCUAAUCACUUCAGCUGUCUCAUAUCUUUGUUAGGUUUUAAUCCCCGUUUUACAGAUGGCUCUGGUGCCAAGGGAGGUGACUUGUCAAAGCCUAUACUUUUUUCUCUGUUUUAAAAAGCAUAACCUUGGGACACCUGGGUGGCUCAGUCGGUUGAGCAUCCGACUUCAGCUCGGGUCAUGAUCUCACAGUCUGUGAGUUCGAGUCCCGCGUCGGGCUCUGUGCUGACAGCUCAGAGCCUGGAGCCUGUUUCAGAUUCUGUGUCUUCCUCUCUCUCUGACCCUCCCCCACUCAUGCCCUGUCUCUCUCUCUCUGUCAAAAAUAAAUAAACAUUAAAAAAAUUAAAAAAAAAUAAAUAAAAAGCAUAACCUUAAUUUAUUUGAUUGUUAGUUAACCUCUAAUUGACCACUUUGGGUUUCUGGUCUGGAAUGCAUGGGGACCAGACCUUAUGUGUUCUGGUUGCUAAGCUUUGUUUCUAGAAAUUUGGGACUUGUGUAGGAUGAUAAUAGCUAACAUUUUGGGUGCUAGAGGAUAUAGCAGUCAAUUAAACACACAUCCACCUCUAGUUCUUCUAGACACAUACCCACCCACUAGCUUAUAUAUUCUAGUCUAGGAUAUCAACAUUAAGCAAGAUAAAUAGUAAACCAUAGAGUGUUCUAGUGAUACAUGCUCAGGAGAAAGAUUUGUCAUGGACCAGGUAUAAGAGGUGUGCAGGAUUGAAAUUUUAGAUGGGUUCACCAGGGAAGACCAGAUUAAAGUGUUAUUUGAUGUGAAAGAGAGCUAGACUAAUACCUGAAGAAAGAGUACCUGGUGGAGAGAUAGUGAGGCCAGAGCAUAUCCUGCUGAUUUGAGGAACAGUGUUUUGUUUUAAUGUAUCAACUCACUCAUUCAGCGCUGAGGGUGCUACUACUAUUGUCUCUAUUCUGUUGUUGCAGAAACUGAGAGAGAAGUUGAAGGCAUUGCAGGGGCAGAGCUCGUAACCAUUAUGUGGGACUGGCCACCCAGGGCCAAAGCAUUUCCUCUGCACGAACAAGGUUGGGAAUUGCAAGGCCUCUAGAAUUUCACUCUCUCUUCGACAGUUUUCCUACUUUUAAAGUAGGAAAGUUUGUUUUACACACAAAUCUUUACCUUCCUGGAGCUUAUAUUCUAGUCUAGAAUACAGAUGGUGAACAAGAUAAGUAUAUAGUACGUUAGUGAUACGUGUUCAGGCGAACAAGAUAAUCCAGGGACCGGGUAUAGGAAUUUAGGAAAGCUUGGCUUUGACUGAGAAUGCUGCUUAUUUGGGAAUCUGGGAAUCUGAGGUGCAUUCCUGAUUGUUUCUCUGUUGGCCAGGCACUGCCCUCUUCAGACCCUUUCUUGGCUAAGGAAAUUGGACAGGUGCAUCUGCGUUCUAGAGUCACUUGGUGCUGGAGAUGGGAGGAGUUUGGGAAAGAGGGCAUGUAGCCCAAAUGCUCCUAGACUGGACGUGAGAAUCUCCGGAGGAGAUUCUUGGCCCUGUCCCAGAGCUGCUGAUUCGGAAUCUGGAGGGCAGGAUUCCAUUGUGUUGCUGAGGAAGUUAAGGUACAACCCGGUUAGUGCCUUGCCCCUCCCCACCCCCAGCUCACCCCAGGGAGUCAGUCAGAGAACUGGGAUGGGGACCCAGGUGUCCUCUCAGCUUAGUACUCCUCACCAUGUUGUGCUGCUGCCUUACUCUUGAGAUUAAAAUAUUGUAUAGAAGGGGAUGUUUAAUUUUGUCAGAUGGCAUUUCAGUUCCUGUUUAAUCAUCUUCUUGAGGCCUUACUGUUUUUAGAGCCCUGGGAUUGAAGCAGUACCUAAAGAGGAAUGCUUUCUCAAGAAGUUGUAUGGUUUCUAGUGUUUUGGGGCACCUGGGUGGCACAGUCAGUUAAGUGUCCAACUCUCGAUUUUGGCUCAGGUCAUGAUCCCAGCGGUCGUGGGAUGGAGCCCCAUGCAUCGGGCUCCACAAUGGGCGUGAAGCCUGUUUGGGAUUCUCUCUCUCUUUCUCUCUCUCUCAAAUUAAAAAAAAAAAAAAAAAAAAAAGGAAGUUGUAUGGUUUUCUCAGAGGCUUUUGUAAGUCGUUGGAAAUGGGAGAGAUUCGUUAGCUAAGUUUGGUCUUUCAAAAAAGUGAUCUUUGUCAUUUACAGAAGAGCAUUUUCUGUGUGAAAGGUGGCUAAUUGAAAGUGUUCUGGAUGAGAAAGCCUUGAUCAUUUGUUAAUAAGUUCAUUAGUUUGGUGCUGUAGCUGCAUUAUUUGAAGGACUCUUUCUGGAACCCAGGAAGAAAUAAAGAAAAUACCAGCCACCUGGUUGUGGUUUUUCUGGCAUGCCUCUUUUGGGUGGACAGCUGUGAGGUGGUUAUUACAGUUGGCUCUCAUAAUCUGUUUGAGUUUUGCUAGAUGAUUCAAUGACUCUUACCCCUUUGGCCUCUCUUUUUUUUCCUACCCUUAGUUAGCGUUCUCUGUUCAUCUGAUCUGGAAGGAUGGAGCACAGUAGCCUGAAUUUCUCUGAGCCAGGGAGAGAGGCACCUUGUUCUCUAUCACUUUAGAGACAGGUAUGGGUUGGAAGGUCAAGUCUGAUGUCUGGUUGCAGCCCCUCUUAGGGGUUUGGUCAGGCUGGUGCUUCAAGUGAUGUCUUUGAAAUGAGUUCUUACUUAGUCUGCAAAGAGGAACAUGCCCUAAUCUUCUAGAAUUGUUUCUGUAAACAGGGGCGCUUUGGUGGUUCAGUUGGUUGAGUGGCCAACUUCGGCUCAGGUCAUGAUCUCGCCGUUUGUGGGUUCCAGCCCUGCAUCAGGCUCUGUGCUGACAGCUCAGGGCCUGGAGCCUGCUUCAGAUUUUGUGUCUCCAUCUCUCUGUGCCCCUCCCUUGCUCAUGCUCUGUUUCUCUCUCUCAAAAAUAAAUAUUUUAAAAAAUAGAAUUGUUUCUGUAAACAGAAUAGGGUUGAUUUUCAUUGAGUUUGGAUUUAAAAAAAAAAAUUGUUUUUAAUGUUUAUUUUUGAGACAGAGAGAGACAGAGCAUGAACGAGGGAGAGGCAGAGAGAGAGGGAGACACAGAACCCAAAGGAGGGUCCAGGCUCUGAGCUGUCAGCACAGACCCCGACGCGGGGUUCGAACUCAUGAACUGUGAGAUCAUGACCUGAGCCGAAGUCAAAUGCUCAACCGACUGAGCCACCCAGGCGCCCCUGGGUUUUUAAUUUAUAUUCAACUUGGACACUUGUGGAAUUUGAAAAGAUUUGGUUUUUAAACCUGUCUCUUCGGAGUGGUAGAUGUUGGUAAUUUCUCUCUCACCAUAGGCAGAUGACCAGUUUGUUUAGAAUGCGAAUGAACUAGAACUAGAAUGAAUUGUUUCCCAUCUCUUGUAAAGUAGAAAAUUUGGGGUAUGAUUCUGAGAUUAAGAAGGAUAAUAAGAAUCUUGGGCUGAGUGGGUUUGAUUUCCUGGGUCAGGUGUUGGUAUGUCUGAUGAGAUAUUUUUCUUAUCCCAUCAUCAACUUCGAUUUAGCUUCAGAAAAUCUUAAUGACUCUGGUGAGGCCAAUAGGAAGUUAAGGAAUGUUUUAUUGUCCUAGGUCACAUAAACAGUAAGGAAACCUGUUUAAACGCAAACCCAAAUGAAGGAAGUCUCUUUACUUUAGGAGGCAGAGUCUGGGGAUAGAACUAAACAGAUUUCUGGGCAGUUUCUCGUCAGUUGGAGUAAGGGUUUUUGAACAAUUUUCAAAGCCACGAAAUACUGGAAGAGUGAGUAAGAAAAGGAUGAGGCGGCUUUGGAUACAGAUGUGUGUGGCUGGGGAGGGGGACACCAUGAGAACGACUUAUUCUGGUUAACUAAUGUGUACCAGGGUAAAAAGGGUGGUUCGUUUUAGGGGAGUCUGUUCUGUCCACCCUAGGAUCCCAGUGGAGCCACGUGGAGCUCGCGGGAAGCUGAAAGCGUUGGUUGGGAGAGUCCUUACCUUUUAUAUUUGGCCCCGCCUGGAAUGCUCCUCAACAGGGGAGGGUCCCGAACGGGAACUGGAUCAACAGCUGCCGCCUGUCCCUGUAAUCACAGGAAGCUGAGGCCGGGUGCCUUUGUAUGGGAGCUCCGCGGCCAGACAAUAGUUUGUGCUGGCGGGGCCAUGUGGCGAGUCACGUGACCCGGGGCUGUUUUCUGCCGGGGUCCUUACCCAUCUGUUCUCUCUCGGCUCUUUCUGGGUUAUCAGGCGCCAGUCCAAGUCCUCCCAGGCAGCCAGCUUCAUGGCCAGAGAUUACGAGCACUAACCUUCCUGGCAGGGGCGGUGUGGCUUCGCGUUUAUGCAGAUUAGCCAUGUGUUUCUCACUUCAAGGCGUUCCACAGGAAAAGCCUUUUCCUGUGUUUGGCUCUCAGUGGGCGGUUCCCAGCUUACUGUACUGGGACUCGCGAGCAGCAGGCGUGCACGAGAGGGAUCACAGUACACUGGCCCCCUCCCAUUCCACCUCCAGUGCUACGUCACCACAACACAACCGCUCGCGCUCUCAUACUGUUGGUGUCAUUCAUUCGGUGCCAAGAUUGCUUUAAAAAAUUCCCUUGGCCCCAGUUCAAACAGGAGUACAGCUGGGAUGUGUUAGAUUUUAGGCAGUCUGCCCUCAAUUUGAGAUGAGUUAUAAAUAGCAGUGCCGACUUCCUUAACUACCGCUCUCUGAGGUAAAAUGCAGGUUAAUUACUGUGGGAAUCAAUUAGGGGGUUCUUUCGGUUAAAGAGCCAGGGAUGCUUUUUUUUUUAUUGUUAUUAUUAAAAGUCAUACAACAAAUCUGGCCAGGAACGAAUUGAAAACACCAGGAGUAAGAAAUAAUAUUUAAAUGUCCAAAUUCCAGGGUAUGGCACCAAGUUUAUACUGGCCCCGUCUAGUUGGCAUUUAGGAUGACAGAACAAAUGGGAGGCAAGACUUCUGCUUUCUGAUGGACACCGUCUCCGCAGCCCCGGCCCAUCCAUCUCCCGUCUUGUUCUUGCCAGUCUUGGGAUACCAAAUCUGGCUCCUUACGGUUGCUGCCUGGUCACGUCCUUUCUGCGUCUUUGGAUUGAGACCAAAAGCCUGGAGCUUUUCUCAGUUGGACUUUCAUUUCAAGAACAUUGAGUUUGUCUUUCUUGGUGCCACUGCAACAUGGUGUGAUACAUUUUGGUGAAUAGUAUCUUUCUGCCUGGAAGUUUGACAGGAGGCAGGGGAGGGCGGGGGGCUUCUCUGCUCUCUUCUCUAUCCGUCAUGGUCAGAAGUUGGAGAAUUUGAAGUCCAGUUUCUUGUAUCCCAGCAACCCUGAGGAUUGUUAUGGCUUUCCUUGGGGUCAAUAAGAAGUUGUAAGGGAUCCCGUUAGCUCACUGGUCUGGAGGGGCAUGUAAUUCUUUCUGCUUAGGAUAGGGGGACUCUAUGCCAAUGGACAGUCUACAACCUGCUAGAGGAAGGUCUAGCCUACUAGGCCUCCUUGGCUUUGAUGCCCCUAAACUGUGUCUUUUGAUGCAUUUUAUUUGACAGGCAGUUUGUCAGUAAUCUGGAAAGCGAUAAGUGGUGGAUGGUGGUGGAUUUUUUUUCUUAUGCCUCUUUCCCCCCUUUUUUAAUUUUUAUGUUUUUAUGAAUGCAGGAGAAUAUAUACAGCAAGGGGCCCGACUUCCCUGAUCAAGGGGGCAGCAUUUUCCUCUCAAUUAUGUGUCUUUGUGGCAGAGCCUUUGCUUUUGAAGUGUAAUCAUAGUAAAAUCUACUCCUGUGGUUUCCCAUUGAAAGGAUUUCCUCUCCAUCAUUCCCAGAGUGGAAUCUCUGGCUCUUUGCAGCCAGAGUUUGGUGUUUCCCAUCCCCUGCCUUUCUUGGUGUCUGCAGACUGCUGAUACUGGCUUUUCUGUCUUGCAUGUAGUAGGGAUUUUUCUGGCCUGAGAUUGCUCUUUUCCAAUAAAACUGAUUAGUGAUGAUUUAAAGCCCCUUUUCUGUUAUGAGAGAUUGGAAGAUGGCAUUUCAUCUGUAACUGCAAAUCACAAAUCUUUCACAAUGGUUUUAAAUGUCACAAGUAUGAGUUAGGUCCCGACUCACCUCCCCUUUUGAUAUGAGCAAAUGUUUAACUUGGACAUGAGAUCGGAGUAAUCAGAUUGUUUGAACUGAAUAUAUUUUAGUUUGCUAAACUGAAUAUUCUGUUGAUUAGAACUCUUUGGUGAAGAGAGGAGGUCAGAAGUCUGAUGUCCAGGAAAGGGAAAUGUCUUAGUUUUAUUUUUAGAAUAAGAAUUUCUUUGAUUUGCAUUUAUUUUUGGACUGCGAAGAUUUCCUAAAGUUGAUGGAGAGAUCCUUGAAAUGUUUAUUAACUAGCCUCUGCUAAGUAGGUGUCCUCCGUUGGGGGCGCAGGACCCUAGAUACGAGGGAGAAAAAGGUAACUAACUGGCCUUUAGCCUUUUGUUUUUAAGGAGUGGGUUUGGGGAUGCCUUUGCAAUUUUGAAGACCUCUCUGGUGUAGGAUGGUGCGUAAGAUUCUUCUCAGAAGUAUACUUGUUUCCCCUUAGCUGUUUGUUCUACCCUGCCCUCUUUUUUCUUCCAGUUCAAUCCACAUUGUUUUUCUUCCCUCAAAGUCAUAACCUGGUUUAGGGUAUGCCCCUGACCCUAAAGGGGGUUUGAUCUGGACUUUCUCCCCAUAGUAUCCCCUGCCUACUUCUUACAGUAGGGCAGCCUGGCACAGUGAAAUUCUACUGCCCUAGCUCUGCACUUGGGGUCUGUGGUGGUGGGGCAGGGUGGGGGACGACUUUGAAGGUAAAACACCCGAUCGCUGGCUUCCUACAACGUAGUCUUGAGAGAUGCAGUCAGUUAAUUAGACAACUAAGUGCCAUAUCUUAUGAUUCUGACUGAAUUUGCCAUAGGAUGUUUAGAAACGUGACAGAUCAGACUGUGCUGAAGAAUGGGAAGUGGCUUCAUGUUGAAGGGUUGGGGUUCUGCUGGUGGAAUCCAUUGUGGACAGGAGGGCAGGGCAGCGGACCAUUGCAUGGAGCUGGGCUCGUAUCUAUGUGGGGAAUUUUGGGGUGAGAAUGAAAAAAUGUGUAGAACUGGAGCACAUUGUGCAGGGCUUUGGAGCCAGGCAGCACUAUUUAUCAUUAUUGAUAAUGGCUACUAUUUAUUGGGCAUUUAAAUACCAGGCACUGGGUGUAGUGUGUUGUGUGCGUUUUAGAUGAAAAAGUCACUGUUUAGAUGGGCUUGUGUUCAAGGUCAGACAAUGGUAGAGUUAGGAUUUGAACCCAAGUCUGUAGAUGUACUACAUUCUUUGCUCUUUCUAUGUGAUAGUGUCCAGGAUGUAGACAGGGAGUUUGUAGCUAUCGUUGGACAGGGAAAGGUGAAAAUGAUUUGUGAGCAUUGCUCUAGAACUGUGGAGUCCAAUAUGAUAGUCACUAGCCACAUGUGGUUAUAUGAAUUUAAUUAAAAGUAAAUAAAAAUAAUCGAGUUCUUCAGUCACACUAGCUAUAUUUCAAGUACUUAAUAGUCACCUGUCACAGAAAAUUUGAUCGGACAGUGUGUCUAGAUCUCAGUAGUACACAUUUGAAUCAUCCGAGGAUCUUGAGGGGUGGAGAGGGUGGGUGGGCCCAAGCCCUUGCAGACUCUCUAUAGUGCCUGCGUCUCUCCCUAGAGAUUCCAUUUGUGAAAUUCACAGAAAAUUCUGAUCUGUAGCCCUGGUUGAUAGCUGCUGCUCUAGAAGCUCCAUAGUAACCAUGGUAAUGACUGCCCCUCUUGUGUUGUGGGGAGACCUGGACUGACAGAGAUACCCAGAGUGGGCUGGUCUCCCUGUUGAGUAAAUGUAGUCUCUUCACCUGGGAAGAGGGUGUCACCUGGGAGACACAUGGAGAGCAGCUGCAGUUUGGGAUGAGAUGAGGAUCUGGUCGCUAUAUCUGGCAUAACUUAGCUGCCCAUCCAGUCCAAUGGAUCAGAUGGGCAAGAUGAGACCUCAGCCAUAUGGCGGGACUAACCCAUACUCGCAACAACAGGGACCUUCAUCAGGACCGCAGCAAGGACAUGGGUACCCAGGGCAGCCAUAUGGGUCCCAGACCCCGCAGCGGUACCCGAUGGCCAUGCAGGGCCGGGCGCAGAGUACCAUGGGCGGCCUCUCUUAUGCACAGCAGAUUCCUCCUUAUGGACAACAAGGCCCCAGUGGGUAUGGUCAACAGGGCCAGACUCCAUAUUACAACCAGCAAAGUCCUCACCCCCAGCAGCAGCAGCCACCCUACUCCCAGCAGCCACCAUCCCAGAACCCUCACGCCCAGCCUUCCUAUCAGCAGCAGCCGCAGUCUCAGCCGCCACAGCUCCCGUCUUCUCAGCCUCCCUAUUCCCAGCAGCCAUCCCAGCCUCCACAUCAGCAGUCCCCGACUCCAUACCCCUCCCAGCAAUCCACGACGCAGCAGCACCCCCAGAGCCAGCCCCCCUACUCACAGCCACAGGCACAGUCUCCCUACCAGCAGCAGCAACCUCAGCAGCCAGCCUCCUCGACGCUCUCCCAGCAGGCUGCGUACCCUCAGCCCCAGUCUCAGCAGUCCCAGCAAACUGCCUAUUCCCAGCAGCGCUUCCCUCCACCGCAGGAGUUAUCUCAAGAUUCAUUUGGGUCUCAGGCAUCCUCAGCCCCCUCAAUGACCUCCAGUAAGGGAGGGCAAGAAGAUAUGAACUUGAGUCUUCAGUCAAGACCCUCGAGCUUGCCUGAUCUGUCUGGUUCAAUAGACGAUCUCCCCAUGGGGACAGAAGGAGCUCUGAGCCCUGGAGUGAGCACAUCAGGGAUUUCCAGCAGCCAAGGAGAGCAGAGUAAUCCAGCUCAGUCUCCUUUCUCUCCUCAUACUUCCCCUCACCUGCCUGGCAUCCGAGGCCCCUCCCCGUCCCCUGUUGGCUCUCCCGCCAGUGUUGCCCAGUCUCGCUCAGGACCACUCUCGCCUGCUGCAGUGCCAGGCAACCAGAUGCCACCUCGGCCACCCAGUGGCCAGUCGGACAGCAUCAUGCAUCCUUCCAUGAAUCAAUCGAGCAUUGCUCAAGAUCGAGGUUACAUGCAGAGGAACCCCCAGAUGCCCCAGUACAGUUCCCCCCAGCCCGGCUCGGCCUUAUCUCCGCGUCAGCCUUCGGGUGGACAGAUGCACACAGGCAUGGGCUCCUACCAGCAGAACUCCAUGGGGAGCUAUGGUCCCCAGGGGAGUCAGUACGGCCCACAGGGAGGCUACCCCAGGCAGCCAAACUAUAAUGCCUUGCCCAAUGCUAACUACCCCAGUGCAGGCAUGGCUGGAAGCAUGAACCCUAUGGGUGCUGGAGGUCAGAUGCAUGGGCAGCCUGGCAUCCCACCUUAUGGCACACUCCCUCCAGGGAGAAUGAGUCAUGCCUCCAUGGGCAACCGGCCUUAUGGCCCUAACAUGGCCAAUAUGCCACCUCAGGUUGGGUCAGGGAUGUGUCCCCCACCAGGGGGCAUGAACCGGAAAACUCAAGAAACUGCUGUCGCCAUGCAUGUUGCUGCCAACUCUAUCCAAAACAGGCCACCAGGCUACCCCAAUAUGAAUCAGGGAGGCAUGAUGGGAACAGGACCUCCCUAUGGGCAAGGGAUUAAUAGUAUGGCUGGCAUGAUCAACCCUCAGGGACCCCCGUAUCCCAUGGGUGGAACCAUGGCCAACAAUUCAGCAGGGAUGGCAGCCAGCCCAGAGAUGAUGGGCCUUGGGGACGUCAAGUUAACUCCAGCCACCAAAAUGAACAACAAGGCAGAUGGGACACCCAAGACAGAAUCCAAAUCCAAGAAAUCCAGUUCUUCUACUACAACCAAUGAGAAGAUCACCAAGUUGUAUGAGCUGGGUGGUGAGCCUGAGAGGAAGAUGUGGGUGGACCGUUAUCUGGCCUUCACGGAGGAGAAGGCCAUGGGCAUGACAAAUCUGCCUGCUGUGGGUAGGAAACCUCUGGACCUCUAUCGCCUCUAUGUGUCUGUGAAGGAGAUUGGUGGAUUGACUCAGGUCAACAAGAACAAAAAAUGGCGGGAACUUGCGACCAACCUCAAUGUGGGCACCUCAAGCAGCGCUGCCAGCUCCCUGAAAAAGCAGUACAUCCAGUGUCUCUAUGCCUUUGAGUGCAAGAUUGAACGGGGGGAAGACCCUCCCCCAGACAUCUUCGCAGCUGCUGAUUCCAAGAAGUCGCAGCCCAAGAUCCAGCCUCCCUCUCCUGCGGGAUCUGGGUCUAUGCAGGGGCCACAGACACCUCAGUCAACCAGCAGUUCCAUGGCAGAAGGAGGAGACCUGAAGCCACCAACUCCAGCAUCCACACCACACAGUCAGAUCCCCCCCUUGCCAGGCAUGAGCAGGAGCAAUUCGGUUGGGAUCCAGGAUGCCUUUCCUGAUGGAAGUGACCCCACAUUCCAGAAGCGGAAUUCCAUGACUCCAAACCCUGGGUACCAGCCCAGUAUGAAUACCUCUGACAUGAUGGGGCGCAUGUCCUACGAGCCAAAUAAGGAUCCUUAUGGCAGCAUGAGGAAAGCUCCAGGGAGUGAUCCCUUCAUGUCCUCAGGGCAGGGCCCCAAUGGCGGAAUGGGAGACCCCUACAGCCGAGCUGCCGGCCCUGGGCUGGGAAAUGUGGCGAUGGGACCUCGACAGCACUAUCCCUAUGGAGGUCCUUAUGACAGAGUGAGGACGGAGCCUGGAAUAGGACCCGAGGGAAACAUGGGCACUGGAGCCCCACAGCCGAAUCUCAUGCCUUCCAACCCAGACUCGGGGAUGUAUUCUCCUAGCCGCUACCCCCCGCAGCAGCAGCAGCAGCAACAACGACAUGAUUCCUAUGGCAAUCAGUUCUCCACUCAAGGCACCCCUUCCGGCAGCCCCUUCCCCAGCCAGCAGACCACAAUGUAUCAGCAGCAGCAGCAGAAUUACAAGCGGCCGAUGGAUGGCACGUACGGCCCUCCUGCCAAGCGGCACGAAGGGGAGAUGUACAGCGUGCCGUACAGCACGGGGCAGGGGCAGCCCCAACAGCAGCAGUUGCCCCCAGCCCAGCCCCAGCCUGCCAGCCAGCAGCAAGCUGCCCAGCCUUCCCCUCAGCAAGAUGUGUACAACCAGUAUGGCAACACUUACCCCGCCACUGCCGCUGCUGCUACUGAGCGCCGACCAGCAGGCGGCCCCCAGAACCAGUUUCCAUUCCAGUUUGGCCGAGACCGUGUCUCUGCACCCCCCGGCUCCAAUGCCCAGCAGAACAUGCCACCGCAAAUGAUGGGCGGCCCCAUACAGGCAUCGGCUGAGGUUACUCAGCAAGGCACCAUGUGGCAAGGGCGUAAUGACAUGACCUACAAUUACGCCAACAGGCAGAGCACUGGCUCUGCCCCCCAGGGCCCCGCCUAUCAUGGUGUGAACCGAACAGAUGAAAUGCUGCACACGGAUCAGAGGGCCAACCAUGAAGGCCCGUGGCCUUCCCAUGGCACACGUCAGCCCCCAUAUGGUCCCUCUGCCCCCGUGCCCCCCAUGACAAGGCCCCCUCCAUCCAACUACCAGCCCCCGCCAAGCAUGCAGAAUCACAUUCCUCAGGUAUCCAGCCCCGCUCCCCUGCCCCGGCCAAUGGAGAACCGCACCUCCCCUAGCAAGUCUCCAUUCCUGCACUCUGGGAUGAAGAUGCAAAAGGCAGGUCCCCCAGUGCCUGCCUCGCACAUAGCACCUGCCCCUGUGCAGCCACCCAUGAUUCGGCGGGACAUCACCUUCCCACCUGGCUCUGUGGAAGCAACACAGCCUGUGUUGAAGCAGAGGAGGCGGCUCACAAUGAAAGACAUUGGAACCCCGGAGGCAUGGCGGGUAAUGAUGUCCCUCAAGUCUGGGCUGCUGGCAGAGAGCACAUGGGCAUUAGACACCAUUAACAUCCUGCUGUAUGACGACAACAGCAUCAUGACCUUCAACCUCAGUCAGCUCCCAGGGUUGCUAGAGCUCCUUGUGGAAUAUUUCCGGCGUUGCCUCAUCGAGAUCUUUGGCAUUUUAAAGGAGUAUGAGGUGGGUGACCCAGGACAGAGAACACUACUGGACCCUGGGAGAUUCAGCAAGGCGUCUAGUCCAGCCCCUAUGGAGGGGGAGGAGGAGGAAGACCUUCUAGGUCCUAAACUAGAGGAGGAAGAAGAGGAGGAAGUAGUGGAAAAUGAUGAGGAGAUGGCCUUUUCGAGCAAGGACAAGGCGGCCUCGGAGAGUAGUGAGGAGAAACUGGUUAGCAAGUUUGACAAGCUCCCGGUAAAGAUCGUGCAGAAGAAUGACCCGUUUGUGGUGGACUGCUCAGAUAAGCUUGGGCGUGUGCAGGAGUUUGACAGUGGCCUGCUGCACUGGCGGAUUGGUGGGGGGGACACCACUGAGCAUAUCCAGACCCACUUUGAGAGCAAGACGGAGCUGCUGCCUACCCGGCCUCACGUGCCCUGCCCACCAGUCACCCGGAAACACGUCACGGCGGCAGAGGGGACACCAGGGACAACAGAACAGGAGGGCCCCCCACCCGAUGGCCCUCCAGAGAAACGGAUCACAGCCACAAUGGAUGACAUGUUGUCCACCCGGUCUAGCACGUUGAGCGAGGAGGGAGCUAAGAGUGCAGAGGCCACCAAGGAGAGCAGCAAGUUUCCGUUUGGCAUCAGCCCGGCACAGAGCCACCGGAACAUCAAGAUCCUAGAGGACGAGCCCCACAGUAAAGAUGAGACCCCACUGUGUACCCUUCUGGACUGGCAGGAUUCCCUCGCCAAGCGCUGCGUCUGUGUCUCCAACACCAUCCGAAGCCUGUCAUUCGUGCCAGGCAACGACUUUGAGAUGUCCAAACACCCGGGGCUGCUGCUGAUCCUGGGCAAGCUGAUCCUUCUGCACCACAAGCACCCAGAGCGGAAGCAGGCACCACUGACUUACGAGAAGGAGGAGGAGCAGGACCAAGGGGUGAGCUGCAACAAAGUGGAGUGGUGGUGGGACUGCUUGGAGAUGCUCCGGGAAAACACCUUGGUCACACUCGCCAACAUCUCGGGGCAGUUGGACCUCUCCCCAUACCCUGAGAGCAUUUGCCUGCCUGUCCUGGACGGACUCCUACACUGGGCAGUCUGCCCUUCCGCCGAAGCCCAGGACCCCUUCUCCACCCUGGGCCCCAACGCCGUCCUCUCCCCGCAGAGACUGGUCUUGGAAACCCUCAGCAAACUCAGCAUCCAGGACAACAAUGUGGACCUGAUCCUGGCCACUCCCCCCUUCAGCCGCCUGGAGAAGUUGUAUAGCACCAUGGUGCGCUUCCUCAGUGACCGAAAGAACCCGGUGUGCCGGGAGAUGGCCGUGGUACUGCUGGCCAACCUGGCGCAGGGCGACAGCCUGGCGGCCCGUGCCAUCGCAGUGCAGAAGGGCAGCAUCGGCAACCUCCUGGGCUUCCUGGAGGACAGCCUUGCCGCCACACAGUUCCAGCAGAGC